AUGAGUGAGAAAUCCAUUGAACCUGUGGUAAAGCCUUCAGUAGAGAAAAAGAAAGAUGACGAACCUGCAACUGAAAAGGAAAAAGAAAAUGAAGUUGCUAAAGAAUCUGCUGCAGAGAAAACUGUUCCUGAAAAGAAAGAGUUCAAAUGGGAGAAAAAGAAAGCUAAAGAAAGGCAAGAAAAGCCAUUGGAGCUCUCACCUUAUGCAAAGAUUCCAUAUCCACGGAGGUUCAGAGAAGAAAUUCAAAAGCAACAGUACUCCAGGUUCCUUGAUAUUUUCAAGAAGCUGCAAAUCAAUAUCUCAUUUACUGAAGCCUUGGAGAAUAUGCCCAAUUACGUGAAGUUCAUGAAAGAUCUACUGUCAAGAAAGCGUAAGCUGCAGGAAUGUGAGACGGUGACUCUGACAGAGGAAUGCAGUGCCAUUAUCCAGAAAAAGUUGCCUCCAAAGCUUAAAGAUCCAGGAAGAUUCAGCAUUCCAUGCAACAUAGGCAAUAUGGAAGUGGAAAAUGUUCUAUGUGAUCUCGGUGCCAGCAUUAACGUGAUGCCACUAUCUAUGAUGAAGAAACUGGGGAUAACUGAAGUAAAGCCAACCAAGACAAUAGUGCAACUGGCUGACCGCUCUACAAAGCAAGCUUAUGGCAUUAUUGAGGACAUACUGGUAAAGGUUGACAAAUUCAUCAUUCUUGUUGAUUUUGUCAUCCUUGAUAUAGAGGAAAAUUCUACUAUUCCUAUGAUCUUCGGAAGACCUUUCUUGGCAACCUCAGGAGCGCUGAUUGAUGUACCGAAAGGCGAGUUGAUCUUACGGGUAGAUGGGGAGCAAGCAAUUUUCAAGUUCUUUGACAAAGAAGUCCCAUCACCUAUAAUUCAACUGAAAGAUCAAGACACUACACCUACUACUGAUAUGGAGGAGGAUUGA